AUCUCCAUCUAUCCAUCCAUCUACAACAGCUGGAGGAGGCAGGAGGCGGGGUGCGCGCGCGCGCUUCUUUCUGCUGCUCCUCCGUGCGCGCCCCCGAGCCGGAGGCAAGCUUUCUGGGAGAGCUGAGAGAACAGACGAGCGGCUGCGGGGGAGAGAGGAAGAUGGAGGUGAGGGUCGGGGAGAGACUCAUGUGGCUGGUCGUGCUUUCCACUGUGCUCUGCGUGGAUUCUGUCUACGGAAAAUACGUCAAAGGCAUCGUCGAUACCAAAGAGGACUGGGUUUUCCUCACUCGUUUUUGCUUUCUCACCGAGUUCGGGAGGCUGGAUUUUCGAUUUCGCUAUCCGAAGUCGCGCUGCUGUCAGAACAUUCUGCUCUACUUUGAUGACAGCUCUCAGUGGCCAGCUGUGUACAAGAAGACAGAAAAGAACUGCUAUGAGAAGGAAGCAGUGCUGAGACCUGAAAACAACCAGGUCAUCAAUCUCACCACACGCUACACCUGGUCAGGAUGUGUGGUGGAGGACGAUGGCGACGAGGAGGUUCUGAGCUGCGUGGGUGGUCGCAGUUUCCGAUCAGUGAGGGAGAGGUGGUGGUACAUCGCUCUCAGCAAGUGUGGGGGCGAUGGCUUGCAGUUGGAGUAUGAGAUGAAGCUGACCAACGGCCAGUCUUUCUGGACACAGCAUUUCUCUGCAGAUGAGUUUGGAAUCUUGGAGACUGACAUCACCUUCCUGGCCAUCUUCACAUUAGUGUUCUUCAUCUCCUGCUACUUUGCAUACAAUCUGAAGGGGAGACAGCUUCUUCACACAACCUACAAAAUGUUUAUGACAGCAGCAGGUGUGGAGGUGCUCAGCCUAAUGUUCCAUUGUGUCUAUUGGGGCCUGUAUGCCAGGGAUGGAGUUGGCAACGGCAGCCUGAAGAUACUCGGGAAAUUAUUGUUCUCCAUCAGUUUCUUGGUGUUCCUUCUGAUGCUCAUACUGUUGGGUAAAGGAUUCACUGUCACCAGGGCGAGGAUCAGCCACAGUGGCUCUGUUAAACUCAGCAUCUACAUGACAGUCUACACAAUCACCUACAUCAUCCUCUUCAUCUAUGAAGCUGAGUUUUUUGACCCAGGUGAGGUGCUCUACGCCUACGACAGCCCUGCAGGUUACGGUCUGAUGAGCCUGCAGCUGGUCGCCUAUGUGUGGUUCUGCUAUGCCGUGCUGGUCUCCUUGAAACAUUAUCCCGAGAAGCAGCCCUUCUACGUCCCUUUCUUUACCACAUACACACUUUGGUUUUUCGCUGUGCCUGUGAUGGCUCUGAUCGCCAACUUCGGGAUUCCUCGGUGGGCUCGGGAGAAGAUCGUGAACGGCAUUCAGCUGGGCAUCCACCUCUACGCUCACAUCGUCUUCCUUGUUAUUACGAGACCAUCAGCAGCCAACAAGAACUUCCCUUACCACGUUCGGACCUCCCAGAUUGGCAUUUUGCAGUCUAGUCCAAAAGGUGGCGAGGAAGGGGAGAGUUUUCCUCACCAUGCAUAUGGGAACAGCUCCUUCCUCGGAGAUUCUCAACCCAAUUUCACUGAACUCUUCUCCAUCCAAUCAGAUCCAGUGAAGACUGUGGAAGAGACUGUUGCUCGUAAAGGGCCUGUUGUGCCAAGGAACAGCGAACAGAAGAUCAUUACCACUGCUGCAGACUUAACCAUGAUAUUGCCACCACCUCCACCUCCGAUACCCCCACGCCCCGCCUCACGCUCACCACCAAUGCCCCCUCGUCUCCCAUCCUUCACAGAGUAUUUCAGCAUGCAGGGUGGCAGUGGAGCAAGCUAUGGGACGAAGGCAUGACGUGGAUAGGAAACAAAAACUGGCAAAAUAAUAAAGGCUACAGAGAGAACGUACAAUCCGGUGGGAAUCACGGUGUCAAAAUGGUCAUCUCAAAAAACAGAUGUAUUAUAGAUGCUGGGGAAGACAUGAGAAGUCAUCACAAAAGUAAAUCCCUUAAUGGUCCUUUAAACCUGCAAAUAAAAAUGACCUUUAUGGAGAAGUUAGAGGUGGGUGCCUAAGACACAAAUGCUGAGGUUGUAAAAGAAUAAAGAAGCAAUAAAUAUUUGAUGUUGACCCGUUGAAGGCACAUAGGGAAAAAGAUGACAAAGUGGAUGUAGCCAGAGCAAUAGGAUGACAGCUGUGCACAAUGUGGAAAUGAACAAAAAAUUCUUGAAAUACUUUCGUUUAAAAAUUUAUGAGGAUUUGAUGGUGUGCCUGGUAGAGUUUGUAAAUAGCAAAAACUGUUGAGAGCAACAAUUCUGUACAGUUUUAUGUCAAAGGAUAUUAAUUCAUGCUUUUCUUUUCCCUAAACAUGACAUUCCAGUUGGAGUAGAAAAAUCUAAUGCCAUAAUAUGUUUAAAAGUCAUUAAAAAAGAAACAUUUUUUAUGUUUAGGACAUUUUUGAUAAAACUUAGAUAUAUUUAUGGUAUAUGGAGUCUGUUGUGUUUAUUUAUAUUCUUACUGUAUAAGCCUUCAUUGAAGCUGGUUUAUCAGAAUCGAUAUGCUGAUGUGUAACCUGUAAAUUGUCACAUUUACUCUGAGCACCUCCAGUUCAGUACUUUUAAAACAUGCAUGUUUGUGUUCUAUUUCUGGUUGGAAAAGCAGGUAAACGUGCUCCAUGUGACCAUAGAAAUAUUGGCUUAUUGUUUGUAUUGAAAUCAACACUUCUGUAAAUACAUACAAUAGGUUGCAGUAUGGGUUUUGUCUGCAAGAUCUUUGUUCUUUGUUACCUAGUUGAAGUGGUCUUGCAAAAAUAUGUAACCCAAAAUUAGAAGUAGGCAUGGGCUGGUAUGACAUUCUGAGAUAUAAGCUUGAGCAGAAAUACCACAUUUAAACACCAGAUUACACAACAAAAAGAAGCUAGGCAAUGUCACCGCGUGUAAAAGAAAAUAUGCUGUAAAAGACGGUUUUGCUGUUAUUUUAAAACAAAGACAAAAUGAUCAGUUGACAUGUUUAGCAGUCUUUAGUAACUUAUAUAAUUUAAAGCAUGGUUUGCAUCAGUAUUUAACAGUUUCUGUUUGUGUUGUGUAUGGAUUGUAAUUUGACCAUAUCAGGUCCCCAUUUCCUUCCGUUUCAUCCCAUUCACUUUUAAUUAAUAUGCCUUUAUACUCUAUUUUUAAUGUAGAAGUUCUGAUAAAUUGUGGAGAACUUUAAUCAUAAAAAAGGAGCUGAUAUACCCUGUGUCCAAACUUACUGAAUUAUGUUAUUGUGCAACCAGAGACAAAAAAAAAAAUGAGUUUUCAGUUUCCUACAUGCUGAUCACUAUUGCAGGCCAGUCCCCUGUCUAUCUGUUGAUCUAUGUUUAGAAAUAUGUGUAAUAUUUUUUAUAAUAUAUGGAUUUAUGUGGAAUAUUGCUAUAGCUCUAUAAUGCAGUUGGCUCAUAUUGAUUUGUAUGGAUCAUUAGCUUAAGAUGAUUGUAUAUUUUCAGCAUUUGAUGUGUUCUUGAUGCUCCCUGCGGGCUCCUAAAAUAACGUUCCCUAUAUAACUUGAGAGGGUCAGAUCCUGAGCAUAAUUUUACAGCAGUCCGAGCUCUGAUUAAACACAAGAGCUAAUGCUGAAACGUAUUAUUUCCUAUAGAUUAACACGGAGGAAGUACAUCUUGUUAAAAUAAACAGUAUUAACUAAUAUUAGUUACAGUUCUGCUGUUUGCAAAUAUCCUUUUGACCAAAAAAAGUUCAAGUUAGCAUGCAGCUGUGUCACACAUGGGGAAGGUUGCUUUCAUUUUUCGGUGUAAUUGCUUCUUAUUUCCUUACAGUCAAUUUUGGUAACUACAUGAUAUCCCAGACAGCUCCAUUG